AGCCCCCGCGCUGCCCCGCGCUCGCCGCAGCCGCCGCCCUGCGGAGCCGCCGGGACACGCACCCGGUAACGGUGGGACGGCACCGGCACCGGGACCGAGCAGGGACAGCCACCAUGGACGACAUCUUCACACAGUGCCGGGAGGGCAACGCGGUGGCCGUGCGGCUGUGGCUGGACAACACCGAGAACGACCUCAACCAGGGGGACGACCAUGGGUUCAGCCCCCUGCACUGGGCCUGCCGCGAGGGCCGUUCAAAUGUGGUGGACAUGCUCAUCAUGCGGGGGGCUCGCAUCAAUGUCAUGAACCGGGGGGAUGACACCCCACUGCACCUGGCUGCCAGCCAUGGCCACCGUGACAUCGUGCAGAAGCUGAUGCAGUUCAAAGCAGACAUCAAUGCGGUGAAUGAGCACGGGAACACACCGCUGCACUAUGCCUGCUUCUGGGGACAUGAGCAGGUGGCUGAGGACCUGGUAGGCAGCGGCGCCCUGGUCAGCAUUGCUAACAAAUAUGGUGAGACCCCCACAGACAAGGCCAAAACACCACUGCAAGAGGUCCUGAAAGAGCGUGCUGAGAAGCUGGGCCAGAGCCUCACCAAGAUCCCCUACAAGGACACGUUCUGGAAGGGCACGACCCGCACCCGGCCCAGGAAUGGGACCCUGAACAAACUUGCUGGGAUUGACUUCAAACAGCUGAGCCUGAGCCAGAAACUGAACGAGAACCAGUCGGGAGAGCUGUGGAAGGGGCGCUGGCAGGGCAAUGACAUUGUAAUCAAAAUGCUGAAAAUCCGGGACUGGACGACGCGAAAGAGCCGGGACUUCAACGAGGAGUACCCAAAACUGCGGAUCUUUUCCCACCCCAAUGUGCUGCCGGUGCUGGGCGCCUGCCAGGCCCCUCCAGCUCCCCACCCCAUCGUCAUCAGCCACUGGAUGCCCUACGGCUCCCUGUACAACGUCCUGCACGAGGGGACCAAUUUUGUGGUGGACCAGAUGCAGGCGGUGAAGUUUGCGUUCGAUAUCGCGCGGGGCAUGGCCUUCCUGCACACGCUGGAGCCCCUCAUCCCACGCCACCACCUCAACAGCCGCAGCGUCAUGAUUGACGAGGACAUGACGGCACGAAUCAGCAUGGCUGAUGUCAAGUUCUCCUUCCAGUGCCCGGGGCGGAUGUAUGCCCCGGCCUGGGUGGCUCCUGAAGCCCUGCAGAAGAAACCAGAGGAGAUCAACCGGCGCUCAGCUGACAUGUGGAGCUUCGCAGUGCUGCUGUGGGAGCUGGUGACACGUGAGGUGCCCUUCGCUGACCUGUCCAACAUGGAGAUUGGUAUGAAGGUAGCACUGGAGGGGCUACGUCCCACCAUCCCCCCUGGCAUCUCCCCCCACAUCUGCAAGCUGAUGAAGAUCUGCAUGAACGAGGACCCAGCCAAGCGCCCCAAGUUCGAUAUGAUCGUGCCCAUCCUGGAGAAGAUGCAGGAGAAGUAGAGGGGAGGUGCCUCCCUUCUCCAGUGCUGCCUUGCGCCCCCCACCACCCCCAAGUGCCUUUAGCCCUAGAGACGGGGCAAGCAGAGGACACCUCU